AUGAGGACAAUAUGCAGUAUUUGCUUGGACGAAGUUGGAAAACAGCCAUUGGUAACGCUUGUUAAUUGUGGACAUGUAUUUGAUUUAAAAUGUAUCAGAGAAUGGCUGAAAACAAAUCUCAACUGUCCCUUCUGUCGCAAAGGCAUUCAUAAUAUGCUGGAGAUCCAGUUAUGCCGUAUCUUUCUAUCUACUGAAGGUGAUUCCAGCUCCAGUGAAUGCUUGAAGUUGAAGACUGAUCUUGAAGAAAAUGCAAUCGUAAUCCAAGAACUUAAAAGAGAAGCUUACAAUCAGCAAAAACCAGACGAGACCAGGAAAUCAUCCGUCUAUGUGGAACAAAUUAUGGAUCUUACAUUAACCAAGAAGAAUGAAGUAGACGCCUUGAAGAAGAAUGAUGCUAUGGCAAGAGAACUACAAUCUCAACGCGACAAAUGCGCUGCGAUGGCAAAGAACAGGAAUUACAAAAAGGAGUACUUUGAUUUGAAAAAGUUAUUUGACGACACCCUUGCCAAGCAGAACAUCACCAACUCAAAAUUCAUUGAAAUAGCAAUUUCAGGCACCUCAAGUCCGGAUACAGUCAGAUAUCACAUUCAAGGCUUAGAGAAGCAGCUCACAGAAUCCAAGGCAAAGGAGGACAAGUUUUUUGCGGACGUGAAAAGGCUUGCUAAAAAGAAAGCAGACAUUUAUCAGGAUAGACAUAAGCUCUACAUUGAAAAUCAGAAAGCUCAACAAUGA